CAGAGACUUGUCUCGCCAAAAGAGAGGGAAGAUAUUUGUACGUUUUCUUCUGUUCAUUUUAUCACCGUGAAUCAUACAGAAUACAAACAUUCUUAACCUGGGAUUUUCUUCAAUCUGAAUUCAACUGUAAAACAGAUUUAAUCUCAGACUGAUUGUUCUGACAGGACUAGUUUUAUUUGGAUCCUACUAGUUGUCUGGUGUGGAUAUAAUAUCAGUCUGUCUUUGAGAUGGAGUCCAGAACUGUUCUACUUAUUCUGGGUCUUCAUUUCACUCUACUGGGGAACUUAAAUGCCAUAGAUUGCAGCCUGGGCUUCAUAGCCAAUCGGAGACAAUGUGUUGAUGCAGAUGAGUGUACAGAGUGGGCCGGUGCCACACCCUGUGGAAGUAAUGCCACGUGUUACAACACAAUCGGAAGCUUCUACUGUCAGUGUCUAACUGGGUUCAAAUCCAAAACGACUUUCAACUUUACCCUUUCUGGACAGUGUAUUGACUUCAAUGAGUGCCUGGAGAAACCACAGGUUUGUGGAAGCAACACCACUUGCCUCAACACCAUCGGGAGCUACCACUGCCAGUGUCUACCUGGGUUCAGAUCUAACAUAACCAACGUCACUAGACACUGUGAGGACAUAGAUGCGUGUAAUGUAACCGCUGGUAUCUGUGGAGUGGGCGGGGACUGCCAGAACCAGAAAGGAAGCUACAGUUGCCUCUGUCACCCUGGAUACAGUAACUACGGCAACAAACAGGCACAGUGCUCAGACAUAGAUGAGUGUAAUGUAACCGCUGGUAUCUGUGGAGUGGGCGGGGACUGCCAGAACCAGAAUGGAAGCUACAGUUGCCUCUGUCACCCUGGAUACAGUAACUACGGCAACAAACAGGCUCAGUGCUCAGACAUAGAUGAGUGUAAUGUAACCGCUGGUAUCUGUGGGUGGGCGGGGACUGCCAGAACCAGAAGAAGCUACAGUUGCCUCUGUCACCCUGGAUACAGUAACUACGGCAACAAACAGGCUCAGUGCUCAGACAUAGAUGAGUGUAAUGUAACCGCUGGUAUCUGUGGAGUGGGCGGGGACUGCCAGAACCAGAAAGGAAGCUACAGUUGCCUCUGUCACCCUGGAUACAGUAACUACGGCAACAAACAGGCACAGUGCUCAGACAUAGAUGAGUGUAAUGUAACCGCUGGUAUCUGUGGAGUGGGCGGGGACUGCCAGAACCAGAAAGGAAGCUACAGUUGCCUCUGUCACCCUGGAUACAGUAACUACGGCAACAAACAGGCUCAGUGCUCAGUACUGACCUGUGACCAGUUCAAAGCGGAUGAGACUCCUGGACAGACUGUCCCAGGUUUAGCUGGUCUCCUGUCUCUGAUGAGGAACAACUGUCUGGCGUUGAGUAACUCUGGGGACGCAGCCGGAGGGAGACUGACAGGAGAGAUACUACUGGAGAAUGUCUUCACAGAGAUAAACGGCCUCAUGUCUCACGGUAUCCUAAGCAACAGGGAGGUGAGUGGGUUGCUAGGUGCCGUGGAGGACGCCUUGAGCCUCAUCGGGCCACAGCUUAGAGACAAUCACACCACCAUGGAGACAGACCAUACAGAGGCGGAGCUUGCAGUUAGGAGGGGACAGACUCCGCCCACUGGGCCAAUCAGCCUGGCCAAUGACAACACUCGACUGGACACCAGCUGGGAGACAGCCACCGGCAACGUGACGUACCCAGGUUUCGCUCUGGCUGGGUUGGUGUUUUACAUGACACUGGAGAGGUCUGUCAACAACUCCUUCCAGUACCUCACUGACACAGACACAGACACAGCAACCGCCGCGGCGUCAAAGCCUAGCUACCAGAUCAGUUCCAAGGUGGUAACAGCUCUCGUCAGUAACCCAGCAACAGACCACCUCGCCCAGCCUGUCAUCCUCACCUUCAAACAUCUACAGGAGAGGGCAGAGUCAGCGGAGAUGAACUAUACCUGUGUGUUCUGGUCGGAGGGGCUUGUCCAGGAAGAGGGAGGGGUGUGGUCAAGGCGUGGCUGUACCAAAGUAACAUCUAAUGCUACACACACCGUGUGUUCCUGUACCCACCUUAGCAGCUUCGCUGUUCUCAUGGCUCUCUACCCUGUACAGAACACCUUUGAGCUGCGUCUGUUGACGUGGCUGGGUCUGUCGGUGUCUGUGGUGUGUCUGUUGCUGUGCAUCCUGACCUUCUGGCUGUGUCGGUCCAUCCAGGGGACACGCACAACCAUCCACCUCCACCUCUGUGUCUGCCUCUUCAUCGCUGACCUCGUCUUCCUCACCGGUAUCUCUCACACACAGAGCAAGGGAGGUUGUGGGGUUGUAGCAGGUCUCCUCCACCUGUUCUUCCUGGGAUCCUUCAGUUGGAUGUUGUUAGAGGGGGUUCUGCUCUAUCGCAUGGUGGUCCUGGUCUUCAACGCUACCAUAAGACCUCUGUACCUGUAUGCUGUGGGAUAUGGACUGCCACUGGCUAUAGUCAUCAUCUCUGCUAUCACCUACCCAGAUGGAUACGGUACCACACAACACUGUUGGUUGUCUCUGGAGAGAGGAUUAAUCUGGAGUUUCUUCGGCCCAGUGUGCACCAUCAUCAUCCUCAACGCUUUCUUCUUCCUCAUUACUGUCUGGAGGCUGGCCCAGAAGUUCUCUAGUCUCAACCCUGACCUCUCCAACCUACACAAGAUCAAGGUGUUCACAGUGACAGCAGUGGCCCAGCUGUGUGUGUUGGGUACUAUGUGGAUAUUUGGAGUGUUCCAGUUCCAAGAGGAGGGGACAGUGGUCAUGACAUAUCUCUUCACCAUCCUCAACUCUCUACAGGGAGCUCUGCUGUUCAUCAUGCACUGCCUACUGAACAAAACGGUGAGAGAGGAGUAUUGCACGCUCCUGUCCUGUAUCUGCACACCACAGAAGAAGAGAUACUCAGAAUUCAGCACAACCAAUCCUUCCUCCAGCCACUCCCAGGGGUCAGGGAGUGCCCAGGGAGUCGCAGAUAUGAUGACAUCACCAAUCCCCCACAAUGCACCUCUUUACUCCCCCCUCCUUUCCAGGCCUGGUCAGUAGAAAAUGUGCCCUACUAGCCCGGCUGGUUAGUACAAAUGUGCCCUAUCUAGAACCUAAAAGGGUUCUUCGGCUGUCCCCAUAGGAGAACCCUUUGAAGAACCCUUUUUGGUUCCAG